GUGAGGGGCGAGGAACAGUCAUUGAGGUACGUGGGAGACCCGCCACUCGUCACGUGAUCCAGUUUCUCCGCGGAUCGGCAGGUCUGUUUACGACGCCCCGCCCAUUGCACUGAUGACGCGUGACGACUUUGCGCAUGCUUAGUAUGGGAAUGGCGGAUGUGUUUUUCGUAUUUUGUGGAAGCCGGACAUCGGUGAUCAGUGGGAUCGGGAUCGGAAGGGAGGGAGGUCUCACCCCAUGGGACGGGUAAUUCUCUGCGGGGUGACACCAACAAUUUCCCUUCGUCAGACCUGCUGUGAGAGAUUUACUGGAAGAAAAAUCCCAACUGGAAGCAAACCACGACUGAAGACGAGGGAACAGCAACAGGUGAACCAGCCUGAGGAUUGAGAACAUCAACUGGAGAGAACCCUUCUAACUCGGAGGUUUCAGUGAUUCAGUCGGGAGAAAGUUUGAUGCUGCCUGGCCUGCUGAGUUCCUCCAGCAUUUUGUGUGUGCUGCUUGUUCUACUUCCUCUUGUUUGGGACCAAAAAGGUUUAGACCCAUUCUCUCUGGGUUGAAAAUGACAAGGACUUUGUCUACGGGAAUCUCGAAUACAACACGCCAGUUUUGCUGUCUCUGUCCAGAUAUUUCAGAAGUGGAGCAAGGGAUUCACUCGAUCAUCCUUCCUGCUCAGACUGUGGGGAGGGAUUCACUCGAUCAUCCUUCCUGCUCAGACUAUGGGGCGGGAUUCACUCGAUCAUCUGACCGACUGGCACACUCGUAAUUUUUCACAGGCGGGAACACAUUCAUCUGCUCAGACAGAGGGAGUGGAUUCACUCAGUCAUUUCAACUGAAGGUGCAUCUGCAAGUUCAUACUGGGCAAGGCCUUUCACCUGUUCUGUGUAUGAGAAGGGAUUCAGGUGAUCUUCCCACCUGUGGACACACCAGUCAGUUCACACUGGGCAGAGGUUGGUCAUUUGCUGAAAUUGUGGGGAAGGAUUCACUCGGUCAUCUGACCUAAUGGCUCACCAGUGAGUUCAAACCGGGGAGUGGCCGUUCACCUGCUCAGACUGUGGGAAGGGAUUCACUUGCUCAUUAUCACUGAAGGUUCAUCAGUCAGUUUACACUGGGAAAAAGCCGUUCACCUACUCAGUCUGUGGCAACGGAUUCAAUCGGUCAUCUCACCUACUGAGACACCAGUUAGUGCAUACCAGGGAGUGGCCAUUCACCUGCUUGGACUGUGGGAAGGUAUUAACUCAGUCAUCUGUCCUAAUGGCACACCAGCAAGUUCACACCAGGGAGAGGCCGUUCACCUGCUCGGACUGUGGGAAGGGAUUCACUCGGUCAUCUAAACUGAAGGUACAUCAGAGAGUUCACACUGGAGAGAGGCCGUUCACCUGCUCAGACUGUGGGAAGGGAUUCAUUUCAUCAUCUAAACUGAAGGAACAUCAGAGAGUUCACACUGGAGAGAGGCCGUUCACCUGCUCAGUCUGUGGGAAGGGAUUCACUAACUCAUCCCAACUAAAGGUACAUCAGCGAGUUCACACCGGGGAGAGGCCGUUCACCUGCUCAGAGUGUGGGAAAGGAUUCACUCAGUCAUCCCACCUACUGAGACACCAGUCAGUUCACACCGGGGAGUGGCCAUUCACCUGCUCAGUCUGUGGAAUGGGAUUCAAUUUAUCAUCUUCUCUAUUGAGACACCAGUCAGUUCACACCGGGGAGUGGCCAUUCACCUGCUCAGUCUGUGGAAAGGGAUUCACUUUGUCACCUCAUCUACUGAGACAUCAAUCAAUUCACACUGGGAAGUGGCCAUUCACCUGCUCUCUCUGUGGGAAGGGUUUCACUUUAUCAUCCUCCCUACUGAGACACCAGUCAGUUCACACUGGGGAGUGGCCAUUCACCUGCUCAGUCUGUGGGAAGGGAUUCACUUUAUCAUCCUCCCUACUGAGACAUGGGUCAGUUCACACUGGGAAAAAUCCGUUCACCUGCCCAGUCUGUGGCAAGGGAUUCAAUCGGUCAUCUCAGCUACUGACACACCAGUCAGUUCACACUGGGGAGCGGCCAUUCAGCUGCUUGGACUGUGGGAAGGGAUUCACCUCAUCAUCUCAACUGAAGGUACAUCAGCGUGUUCACACUGGGGAGAGGCCGUUCACCUGCUCAGACUGUGGGAAGGGAUUCACUCAGUCAUCGCAACUGAAGGUACAUCAGCGAGUUCACACUGGGGAGAGGCCAUUCACCUGCUCAGUCUGUGGGAAGGGAUGCAUUUCAUCGUCUCAACUAAAGAUACAUCAGAGAAUUCACACUGGGGAGAGGCCAUUCACCUGCUCAGUGUGUGGAAAGGGAUUCACCCAGACUUCCAACCUACAGAGACACCAGCAAGUUCACACUGGCUAGAGGCCAAUCACCUGUUCAAACUUUGGGAAGAGAUUCUCUUAGCCAAAUCAACCAGAUGUGCAUCUUUGAGUUCACACUGGGGAGAGGCUUUUCACCUGCUGUUAAUGUACCAAGCCAAUGUGGAAACCAAUGUUACUCAGCCAACUAGCCUUAUGCAACUCCCUUCAGCUAGCAGCUUAAUAUAGGGGGUGAUAGACCCUCCAGCCCGGCCAAACUUAAGAAAUCUCAUUUGGGUCAAUGCUGUGCAAUUUGUCCCCUGUUACAAAUCAGUACCCCGAAAUAACAAACAAUGCACAGUAUGUGAUUAAACAAUUGAGCUUUAUAAUUCUUACUUUGACUAUAGGGGUAGUGAAGUAAAGAAAAGAGAAAGGGCCCAUUCUCUCUAUUCACGUCUUCUCAUCUCUCCCCGGCAAAAGACCACAAAACUCUCUCUUCCAAACUCAUAUGAAAGAACAUUUCUGUCAUUGGAUAGCCCCACAUGCCAAAACCCUGUUAUCUCUAGUUGCAACCUAAACAUUGCUGCUACGGACAAACCAUUACCUCAGCAUUACAGAGAGGCCUUUACAUGAGCAGUGAAACCUUACAGCAUGUUACACUUGUGACACACGACUGGGUUAGAGUUUCAGUAAGCUGCAUGCUGGAUGUUUGUCCACCACCGUUGCUGAAUGCAAUUUUGAGAGUGACUGUCAGUGCUGAACUCUGCAAUUAUUGCUGCUGCUCACCACACCCAGUUCUGCAGCCUGGUCACUGGGCAUGGGAGGAGUUUCCUCUGCUGCAUAUUCACCUUUAAUGGGACUGGAGUUUAAUGUUAUUGGUCUGAGACAAAUAAAUCAGUUCCAUUUUAAAAGCUUUUGGUACCUAGUGAAUUUAUAACACAGCUCGUGUGCAGUAGAAAGUCAACUGAGGCCGGCUGAACCCUGCCAGUGAUUCUGUUCCAUGAUAGUCCUUUUAAAUCCUCCUCUGUUGUUCACCUCUCGCUCUCCAUGUGGUGAUGGGUUCCAAAUAGUCACCACUCUGUGGGUGAAGAGGUUUCCUUUGCAUUUUCUGCAGACUGAAGAAGUUGAGCUGAUUACAGUUCUGUCUGAGAUGUUCUUUGCUUCUCUAAUCUCUGGGCUGAGGAAGAAUGACAUUGGGAGUUAACCUCCUUAAUCAUGACUCAUUUUCACAUUAUGGGUCUUUUUCCCUGCUUCUAAAGGUUUGUUAGUAAAAACCACUGUACUCUAAAGACUGGGAGCAGAAUUGGAAACCAUCAAUUCAAUGUUCAAUGAAGCAGGGUCUGAAACUGGAGGCAGGUCUGCACAGGGCAGAGUUUGGGGCUCUGGGUGAUGGUCGGGGUAAGAACGUAUGAUGAGAAGGGAAUAAGCAGCGGGGUGUGGCAACGAAUGACAGAGUAGCAACAUUUGGAAGCUGAUUGACAGAGAAAAUCUUUCUGUUGUCUGACUGAUGACACAGACAAUACCAGUGGUGAGGUGCUUCACUGGUCGAGGAACAUCUAUGUGUUGAGAAUGGUUUACCUAUUGAAGGAGUUGUUCCUGCUUGUUUAUCCUGUAAUAUUAUAUCUGGAUGGUUAUGAUGGAUUGUCCUAUCUGAAAUGAUGGAUUGAGUAUCAUAUUAUUUGUAAGAUUUUGACUCUGAAACUGCAUCAGGCUUGAAUUUUUGGUGCCUUUAUGAAGUAGUGGAGGGCAUUCAUGAGUUUAAUUUUAAAACAAGAUUUUGGUGAAGAAUAUUUGCCACUUGAUUGUACCUUUGUAAGUAAUCAGGUUGAGUUAAACUGGAAUGUGUUGGAUUGUGUCUAGUUUCCCUUGGAAACUUCUGCACUUACUGGCCUGUUUGUUUGUAUUUCAUGCAAAUUGGAUCUUUUUUCCCUCUUAACCACUUUGUCCUGUAUUUUCUGCAAGGAACACCUCUGUUUCUGGGAAGAGGUCUCCAACUCUGUCUGGUGCUUGAUGCUUCCUUGUCACCAUCUCGUCUGCUCAGAUCGAUGGGAUGUCUCCCAUGGAGGGUCAUACUCAUUCCACUGGUUGACAUUUUCUUCCAUAUUGAUGACUCAUUUUUCUGAGUUGGCUUCUCAUUUAAGUUUUCUGCUGUGUAUCUCUUAUCACAAUUGCAUAUACACACAUGGAGUGUUGAAUCCUGUUCAGUUUUGAUGAAAAUAUAUACUUCGUUUUUUCUGACUGUUGAGUGAUUAUUUUUUUCAGGUGUGUUAUUCUGCUUCCUCUUUCUGUCCAAGGUAGCAUUAAUCUAGGUGGGUUUGUGUGUAAAUAGUCUUUUCUAAAGUUGUAAUUUCAGUUCUUAUUUAUCUUUGUAAAUUUUACUGAUUGAAAUGGGACUAAAAUAUUUUCAUAAAAUAAAGUCAAUGUCGGUAUUGA